AAAAAAAAAACUUGUAACUGGUAACAAAAAUGUCACAACACAAUGCUAAACAGUAAAGAACAUAGAAUUAUUAAAAUACAUUAUUUACAUACAGUAUACAUCAAGUAAAGUAACAGAUAGACUCAUUUAUAUCGACUGUUUGAGGAUAUUCUCACAGACGUAGAGGAGUUUUGAAUGUAUUACAAAGGCUAAACCAUUAAAUUUUACGGACAAAGUUCUUAAAAUGGGAGACAAUUAUCAAAACAAAAUAAUGGCGCCAGUUAUGAUGGACUAUGAGUUUAAAAUGAAAACCCAAAACGAACGUUCUAAAGUUGAGGACUUGUUUGAUUUCGAAGGAUGUAAAGUGGGUCGAGGAACUUAUGGUCAUGUUUACAAGGCAAGGCGUAAAGAUGGUUCUGAUACAAAAGAUUAUGCUUUGAAGCAAAUAGAGGGGACAGGGCUUUCAAUGUCUGCAUGUAGGGAAAUAGCUCUACUCCGGGAACUGAAACAUUCAAAUGUUAUCAACUUAAUAAGAGUAUUUCUAUCACACACUGAUCGUAAGGUGUGGUUAUUAUUUGAUUAUGCAGAGCAUGACCUAUGGCAUAUUAUUAAAUUUCAUAGAGCUGCAAAGGCUAGCAAAAAGUCAGUUAUGGUACCAAAAGGUAUGGUCAAGAGUUUGCUCUAUCAAAUAUUGGAUGGUAUUCACUACUUACAUUCUAAUUGGGUUCUGCAUAGGGAUUUGAAACCAGCUAACAUAUUAGUAAUGGGCGAAGGACCAGAGAGAGGAAGAGUCAAAAUAGCAGAUAUGGGUUUUGCUCGACUUUUCAAUGCUCCACUAAAGCCUUUAGCAGAUCUAGACCCUGUUGUAGUUACCUUUUGGUAUAGAGCUCCAGAACUCCUGCUCGGUGCUAGGCAUUACACAAAAGCUAUUGACAUUUGGGCUAUAGGCUGUAUAUUUGCUGAACUCUUGACAUCAGAACCAAUUUUCCACUGCCGCCAAGAAGACAUUAAAACUAGUAAUCCCUACCAUCAUGAUCAGCUAGACAGGAUAUUUAAUGUAAUGGGAUUCCCACAAGAAAAAGAUUGGGAAGAUAUUAGAAAAAUGCCAGAACAUGCCACCCUAGUUAAGGAUUUCAAAAGAUCAAAUUAUCAAAAUUGUUCGCUGAGCAAAUACAUGGACCGCCACAAAAUAAAACCGGAUAGUAAAGCGUUUAGUUUACUUCAAAGACUAUUAUUGAUGGACCCUAAUAGAAGAAUAACAUCCGAACAAGCUAUGCAAGAUCCCUACUUCUCCGAAGACCCUUUGCCUACUCAGGAUGUGUUCGCUGGUUGCCAAAUACCGUAUCCGAAGCGUGAGUUUUUGACGGACGAUGACCAAGAUGACAAGGGUGAUUCAAAAGCAAGGCAGAAUCAGCAACAACAGCAGCAGCAACAACAACCUAAUACUCAGCAGAACCAAGUGCAGGCAAACAGCCAUGACCAUGCAGCCAACAAUGCAAAAAGAAUGAGAAUGUCUGGUCAGAACCAAGGCAACAAUCCUCAAGGCGGUCAACAGGAGUUCCAUCAACAACAACAAAUGAUGUUCGGUGGCCAGCAACAAGGCGCGGGAUCUCAACAACAACAGAACUUUCAGCAGCGAUUUUAAUUGAACAACAUACAGUUCUUACUUAUCUUAUUGGAUCGCCAUGAUAUGUCGUAAUAAAAUGCCAUACAUAUAUUAUUGAAGUGAAACUUCUUUAUCGAGGUUUGAGAGAAAUCUUAUAGCAAUGUCGUCACGAUUUUCGGUUACGCGCCAUAUUGUUUUUUCUAUCAAAGUUCAGUAUGGUGUCGUAAAGAAUAAUACAUUAGUUUGAAAGUGAUAAAAUAAAAAGACUUGUUUGUAUGCAUAUCUAUACUAAUAAAAUAACUGUAGUUACAUACGGACAUUUUUUUCUUAAGCCUUAUCUAUGCAAUUUCUGUGAAGUUGUAAAUAGUAGAAAAAUGAUAUUUCAUGAAGAUGUUUCAUUUCUUACCAUAGAUAAUACACUAUAUACUAGAUAUAUGUGCAACUCAUGUUUUUAUUUUGUAAAAUCAGUGUAUCCAGGCCAAGAGAUGGCGCUGCGUUAUUUUUACGCUCUUAGCGUACCGUCGCUAGAUGGCGCUAGUUAUGUUUACAGUUUUUACUUUUUACUAUUGUUGUAGACCGUAUUGAAUGCAUAUUGAUGUUUGUUUUGUGUGGGUGGAAAUUAUUAUUCGUUUAAGUUCAGCAGUCACCUUUAUAUAAGGAGAGCCAUUCAAUGAUUACAACACGAUAGUCAAGUCUUUAAUAAGUAAGUUAAGUGAGUUUUUUGCUAUCACUAGCUCUAUCUAUCCAUCUAUCAUGUAUGUUAAAUUAUCGCCAUCGUGGUGAAGUUGCAGCGUACCUAAUUAAAUAGGUGGCAGCACUUUUAAUGCAAAUUUUUUGCAUGUGCCAAUGUAGGGAAGUUGCACCCCCCUACUUCUUACCUGUGCACUCUGUACACACACAUAUUUAUUUUAACAUCAUGUCGCAUAUGGAGCGCUUCCAUAUAAUAUGUAGGUUCAUAAAAAUCUUUAACGCGUGUCACUUUCGUCGUUGGGGUAUUUCUCAAGGAUCGUUCUCCCCAACAACUUACAACCAAGCUUGAAUUAACUGUCUUGCGCUGUUUCCAGAACGAUAGGAAAGGGUUUUUUUAACGCUUUUAUGAUUCCUCUGGUGUUGCAGAGAGCAUGUACGCCGGUGAUCAGGUGGCAUAGAUGUGCUUUAGUCAUCGUAUAAAAACUUCUAGUCGAUACAAUAUCGUGUUGAAAUUUUGAAUAAGACGUAGGUAGAGGCGAAGGGACUUUUGGUUAUACACUAAAUACAAGUAUAUUGCUACAUAAGCUGACAAAUGGAAAGUUUCCAAAAGAUGCAUCAAAAAAGUGCGAUUAUUUUAUUGGUUGGAUAAGUGUGAAUUGUAGAUUCUCGCCUCUACUAAGUACUGUAAAAAGUCAUAUUGUAAUAAAUGUUUUAUUUUUAUUAAAAUAUUGUUUGGGGUUAAAUUGCAUCCAAUGGUUUGGCAGUAAUGAAUGGCCACCCCAUGGCUGCCCUGCUUAUAAUUAUCUAUAUAUAUGUAUGUAAUUAAUUUUAGGUCAACUUAAAUACAAAAAACUGAUUAUAUUUUGUUCUUACAUCACAAUAUUUCUUUUCUAACCUUAGGCACCGACAAGACGUUUUUCACUUCCUUUUACUCGACGAGAUGGUUCUUGUAUUCGACUUUGCAUAUUCACUACCAUUUUCGUAGGUUGGUUCCUGUCCUGGCUAUAAAGCUAUUGUCAAGCAGACAGCGAACCGAAAGCUUGGCAGAGCGAUUUCAUUUUGUUAUGUAUAUAGUAUCGUCAAAGAAUAUAUAAUAGUACAUCUACGGAAGUCUCGCUCCGCAAAAUAAAUUAAAGAAAUAGAGACUUACGGUCAAAUUAUAAGGUUUAAUACAGAUCGCACAGCGCUACUAACUAACUACAUUCUUAUUAACCUGGUAGUAGUUGCCUCUCUUUCUAUCGCGUAUCAUUUAAAUCUUCUGACGACAUUAGGGUUGACUUCUUUAUCUAAAACAGUACCUACCUAGAAUAAGGUCAUCUUAUAAAAAUAGCUCAGUUUUUUCUGUAAUAUAAAUAGACCGUAUGUAAUGGUAACUUUAAAUCGUUAUUAUUUCGUUUUCAACCUUCCUAUAUUCGUUGAAGAUAGUUAUGUAUGCGAUGGAACACCACAACGUAGUCAAAGUUACUUAGUAUAUAUAUAGCUAAGCUAAUAGGUUGUCCUCACUUAACACCUCGUGCGAUCUGUACGCUUGUCUGUCCUCCUUUUCCAUAAAAAAGAUGCCCAGUAUAAGUAAGCUGUUCGUGCUAUGUAACUUAUUGUUAUAAUUUGCUGACGACAUAACACUCUUAUCACGGAAUGACAUUUUCGUUCCUAUUUCAGGUUGUAAAAAUAAAUAUCGGGGAAUGCCUACUAAUAUUAUAAAUGUGAAUGCAAGUUUUUUUGCUACUCUUACACGCCUAAACCGACGAACCAAUUUUGAUUAAAUUUAGUACAGGGACCUAAAAUAAAUGGAGGGGUUGAAAUAGGGGAUGUAUGGAAAUUCGUCAUUAUCGAAGAUAAAACGACGAAACUUUGUGUUUAUGCACUUGAUAAGAAAUAAUUUAUAAAUAUUUGUUCGAGCAUUUUUGAAACUUUGACUUACAUGGGGAUGAAAUAGGAGAUUAAUACUAUUAUAGAGACUGUCCACAAUGACAAGGGCCUAUCUCUUGUCAUUGUGAACGGUAUCGAAGCAGCGGAAAGAGCAGUAUGUAUGUGUAUCCUAAAAAUAAAAAUAAAUGCUCAAAGUUACUUUUCAAAGCGGACGAAGUCGCGAGUAAAAGCUAGUAGUAAAUAAUGAAAAAAAAACGAAAUAUCAGGAAGGAACCCCUAUUAUCAAGCAAAUUUCAAUCUCAUUCGAUUACAGAAUUUCCAAAGCUUGUGCAAUAUUUAUUAUUGUAUUUUACUGAAACUUUGUUAAGUUACUUUAGAGCUGGUUAUAAGCGAACAUAAAUUUGUAUUAUUUUUGGUAAAUUGGUAAUUAUAUGAAUAAUGGAAGAUAAAACAAACAAUAAAGUUAAAAUUAUUA